CAAAAUUGAUAGAGAAGGAGAGAGAGGAGAGAGAGAGGAACAAAAAAAAGGCUUCAUCAUAUCCCCCUCUAUUGUCAAUACCUCCAAGCCGGCUACUCUAAUUGUUAUCUUCUCUCCGCCUCUGCCUAAAACCCUCUUCCUCAAUCGGAAACACCUUCCUAGGGUUUCCAACGCUCUUCUUCCGAGCAUUCAUGGCGUCCAAUUCUGCCAACCUUUGGGUCCUGUUGGGAUUGGGUUUGGCUGGAAUCCUGUUGAUGACGAAAAAGCUUAAGAAAGCCAUUAGAGAGGAUUUUGGAGCGUUUAUAGAGAAGCUUCAGCUACUUCCUCCUCCUCAGCCUGCUCCUCCUAAAGCCCCUCAUCCCCUGACCGGUCUCACCUUCGCCGUUUCCGACGUAUUUGAAAUUGAAGGACAUGUGACUGGGUUUGGUCAUCCAGACUGGGCAAGAACACAUGAUGCAGCUUCUCGUACAGCUCCAAUAGUUUCUGCACUUGUUGAAGGAGGAGCUACUUGCAUCGGAAAAACUGUUGUCAGUGAACUGUCAAUGGGCAUCAGUGGAGAAAACAAGCAUCAUGGCACUCCCACUAAUCCUGCAUCACAUUAUACUGCUCCUGGUGGGUCGUCCAGUGGAGCUGCUGUUGCAGUAGCUGCUAAUUUUGUUGACUUCUCUUUAGGCAUUGAUACUGUUGGUGACGUGAGAAUACCUGCUAGCUUUUGUGACAUUUUUGGGUUUCGACCUUCUCAUGGAUCUGUUUCCCAAGUUGGAAUCAUACCUGUAUCAACAAGUCUUGACACCGUUGGAUUGUUUGCUAGGGAUCCUAAUGUACUGCGCCGUGUUGGCCAUGUGCUUUUGCAACUUCCAUAUGUUGGUCAACGCAAUCCAAGACAAAUUAUUUUAGCUGAUGAUUGCUUUCAACUACUGAAGAUACCUGUUGACAGGGUUACUCAGGCGGUGACCAAAUCAACUGAGAACAUUUUUGGCAAACAAGUAUUGAAGCAUGAAAAUCUUGGAAGCUAUUUGAGUUCUAAAGUUCCGAAAUUGAAAGAGUUAAUUGGGAUAAAGACAAAUGGCAAUCUGAAUUCUUCUUCAAUUAGAGUGCUGGCCAAUGUGAUGCAGACUCUUGAAAGGAUUGAGUUCAAAAGCAAUCAUGGGGAAUGGAUUGACUCGGUGAAGCCAGAUUUGGAUCCUGCUUUAAUGGAGCAGUUAAAUGAGAAGUUGGAGACAUCAGAUACAGUAAUUGAAAACCUCAAGUCUGUUAGAAAUGAAACCCGUAUGGCUAUUAAUUCUCUUUUGAAGGAUGAUGGAGUUCUGGUCAUCCCAACCACUGCCGAUCCUCCUCCGAAACUUGGUGGAAAGGAGACUUUUUCAGAAGAGUACCAGGGUCGUUUAUUUAGUUCAUUGAGCAUUGCUAGUAUAUCUGGUUGCUGUCAGGUCACCUUGCCACUGGGAUUUCAUGAUAAAUGUCCUGUAUCUGUAUCCUUCUUAGCCAGGCAUGGGGCAGAUCGCUUUUUACUAGAUACUGUACAAACCAUGUACAAGUCUCUAAAAGAGGAGGCUGAGGCUGCUUCCAAAGCCAAAUUCUCAAAGAAUGCUAUUAGCCAAGAACAGUCGGCUGAGAUUGCAAAAGAAAAGGGCAAUCAAGCAUAUAAAGAAAAACAAUGGGAGAAGGCUAUUGGUUGUUACACUGAAGCCAUCAAGCUCAACGGCAGAAAUGCUACAUAUUACAGUAAUAGGGCUGCAGCAUAUUUAGAACUUGGACGGUUUCACCAAGCAGAGGCUGAUUGCAGUAAAGCUAUUGACCUGGAUAAAAAGAAUGUUAAAUCCUAUUUACGGAGGGGUACAGCGAGAGAGAUGCUUGGUUUUUACAAGGAAGCAAUUGAAGAUUUUAGUCAUGCUCUUGUACUCGAACCAACAAACAAAAGAGCGUCGAUAUCUGCCGAGAGAUUAAGAAAGCUAUUCACAAGUUGAUUAAGUGACAAACAAUCUUCUUGGGACGGAACGAUCGCUCAUCUGGCAAGACCUUUGUUCUCUGCCAUGAAGACCUAUUCACUGCACACAGACGUCCAAGCUGUGGGAAUAUUUGGGAGUGCAUUUGGAGCAAAUAAUGUUAUCCCCUUGAUUUUUGUAUUCUGAUUUGGUUAGAAGCAUAGAAACAUUGGUUAUUAUUUGUUAAAAAGCUAGUAAUCCAUUUUUGUCUCAACCAACAUUUCUCAAUGCGGAUUGUAGUUGUAGCUGAGAUGAGAAAUGGUUAUAGAAUACUAUUAUGGUGAUCGAUGAGUACAAGUUAAAUGCUUUGGGAGAUGUCUCUCUUCUGGUCCAA